AACAGCCACCUAUACAUUGACUUUAUGUUAUCCGACAUAAUUACCAACCUACAUGUUUUGAUUGUGCUUUGUUUAGUCUUUGUGCCUUAUUCAAUAGGAUUUCUAUAUUUAGAUAAGCACUGAAUAGUCCAGUCCAGUUAUCCAGGACCAAAUCCACAAAUUUCGCGGCUGUGUUUAUUACCGUUACUACGGCUGUGGUUGGGAGCGCCACUGAUCGAGCUGGAGGGAGUGACGGAGUGGUCAGACAAUGAGCAGCGCGAAUCUGACACAAUGUUGCCUGCGAGGAGUUAGCUGCAGGCAGUAGCGUUUUUUGUUGUUGAAAGAGUUUGACAUGUGAUAGAAAUUAGACAUUUGCGUAGAGUGACAUUGUUGUGGUGCGUUUUGUUGGACCUCAGAUGUAAGAACACUCAUCCUGCUCCAGCAGCCUGAGAAUAGCCUACCGGAUUCUUCAGGUUUAUCGACACUGCAGAGAGUCGGGACUGCACGGAUUCUUGCUAUCAUGGAAUUUCCUUUUGAUAUCAAUGCUCUCUUCCCGGAGCAGAUUGCAGUGUUGGAUCAGAAUCUGGCAGCGGGUCUAAAAUCCGUUGGAAGAGGAGAUCCUCAAGCACUUAUCGCCAGAGUAAUCGAUGAGCUGGGGAAAGCCUCUGCCAAGGCUCAGCAGCUCCCUGCACCCAUAACUAGUGCAGCCAAACUCCAGAGUAACACACAUCUGCUGUACCUGCUCAAGGAUGGAGAGUUGAAUGGGUAAAGGCCUAAACACACCAGCUCUACCUGCAAACAUCUAUUACACACGUCCACUCAGACUAUUACACACGUCCACUCAGACUGAUAUACACAUCCACUCAGACUAUUACACACGUCCACUCAGACUGAUAUACACGUCCACUCAGACUAUUACACACGUCCACUCAGACUGAUAUACACGUCCACUCAGACUAUUACACACGUCCACUCAGACUGAUAUACACGUCCACUCAGACUGAUAUACACGUCCACUCAGACUAUUACACACGUCCACUCAGACUAUUACACACGUCCACUCAGACUGUUACACACGUCCACUCAGACUAUUAUACACGUCCACUCAGACUAUUACACACGUCCACUCAGACUAUUACACACGUCCACUCAGACUAUUACACACGUCCACUCAGACUGAUAUACACGUCCACUCCACUCAGACUAUUACACACGUCCGCUCAGACUAUUACACACGUCCACUCAGACUGUUACACACGUCCACUCAGACUAUUACACACGUCCACUCAGACUGUUACACACGUCCACUCAGACUGAUAUACACGUCCACUCAGACUAUUACACACGUCCACUCAGACUAUUACACACGUCCACUCAGACUAUUACACACGUCCACUCAGAGUAUUACACACGUCCACUCAGACUAUUAUACACGUCCACUCAGACUGAUAUACACGUCCACUCAGACUAUUACACACGUCCACUCAGACUAUUAUACACGUCCACUCAGACUGAUAUACACGUCCACUCCACUCAGACACCGUUUCCAGUCCACAUGGCGGUGUUGAGUUUUAUUUCCCUCCCAAACAUUUGAUGGCUGAGGGGGGGUUGGUUCUUCGCAUGUGGGGCAAACAAACUGGCUUUGGUGGUAAUGCACACACACACACACACACACACACACACACACACACACAC